AAUGGGCUUGCAGCUGUUCUCUGACAAACAAUAACAAGAACAGUGAUCGCCUUCCCCAGCGAAAUAAACUGCGACUACUGUAGCGAGCCUUCUAACUGUAAUUUUGACGCCUCAUCAACACAAAUUGAGACCGCAGGCGUCUUGUCACUGACGUUCCUAGUGAGGUAACUCUGGCCUCCGCUUCCUCCUCCUCCGACUCGGAAACCGGCGGAGCUUCGCCGCCACCGCGGAAGAAACACCGAGCAUCGGUGGCGGAGGGAGCAGGAGAGACCGGGGCUUCUACUGAUCUUGUGGGCCUCUCUGCGGUGGUGUUAGGAUUUACUUCUUUCCCAAGCCCUCGCGCAGUUUCUACUAUUUGCCGUAACCCUCACAGAGUCACCAACAUCAGCAUUUAUAACAUGCAGGCCAACGGGGCAGGACAGGGACAAAAUUCAGAGCUGUCCUGCCUAAAUAGCGCACAAAACGGAGAGUCGUCCACUGCCGGAGGAGCACAUUCAAACGGGCUGUUAUCCUCUACAAACAAUGGGACUACUGUCACUACCAACAACGGCGUCCCAUCAUCGGGAAAUUCUGUUGUUUCAACCGGCACGACCUUGGGCUCUGAGACGGGUUCAAGCAUGAAAAAGAAAAAACGUCUAUCUCAGUCAGAUGAAGAUGUCAUCCGUUUAAUAGGACAGCAUUUACACGGUCUAGGGCUCAAUCAGACAGUGGACUUACUGAUGCAGGAAUCAGGCUGUAGACUUGAACAUCCUUCUGCCACCAAGUUCCGCAACCAUGUAAUGGAGGGGGAAUGGGACAAGGCUGAAAGUGAUCUCAAUGAGUUGAGAACAUUGAUGCAUUCACCAAAUGCUAUUGUGCGGAUGAAGUUCUUACUCUUGCAGCAAAAGUAUUUGGAGUAUUUGGAGGACGGGAAGGUUUUGGAAGCGUUGCAUGUUCUAAGAGCAGAGCUGACUCCUCUGAAGUACAAUACCGAGCGCAUUCAUGUCCUGAGCGGGUAUCUGAUGUGCAGUCAUUCUGAUGAUCUUCGAGCCAAGGCUGAAUGGGAAGGAAAGGGGCUGUCCUCUCGCUCCAAACUGCUUGACAAACUCCAGAUAUCAUCGUACCUGCCCCCUUCGGUGAUGCUGCCCCCUCGCAGGCUGCAGACACUGUUGCGUCAGGCAGUGGAGCUGCAGAGAGAUCGCUGCUUGUACCACAACACCAAACUGGACAGCAGCCUGGAAUCUGUGUCUCUGCUGGUGGACCAUGUUUGUAGCAGGAAACAAUUCCCAUGCUACACACAGCAAAUCUUGACAGAGCAUUGCAAUGAGGUCUGGUUCUGUAAAUUCUCCAAUGAUGGCACCAAACUGGCCUCAGGAUCCAAAGACACUACAGUCAUUAUUUGGCAGGUCGACCCAGAGACACACCAGCUGAAGCAACUGAAGACUCUGGAAGGCCAUGCCUAUGGGGUGUCUUACCUGGCCUGGAGCCCAGAUGAUGCAUACCUGAUAGCCUGUGGCCCGGACGAUUGCUCAGAGCUCUGGCUUUGGAACGUUCAGACAGGGGAAUUGAGGACAAAAAUGAGUCAGUCCCAUGAAGACAGCCUGACAAGUGUAGCUUGGAACCCAGAUGGCAAACGCUUUGUCACUGGGGGCCAGAGAGGCCAGUUUUACCAGUGUGAUCUAGAUGGAAACCUUUUGGACUCUUGGGAAGGAGUUCGCGUUCAGUGCCUGUGGUGCUUGAGUGACAGCAAGACAGUGUUGGCCUCAGACACGCACCAGCGUAUCCGUGGAUACAACUUUGAAGAUCUGACUGACAGAAACAUUGUCCAGGAAGAUCACCCUAUAAUGUCUUUUACUGUGUCAAAGAAUGGCAGAUUAGCUCUAUUAAACGUUGCAACUCAGGGAGUUCAUCUGUGGGAUCUACAGGACCGGGUACUGGUAAGAAAGUACCAAGGAGUGACGCAGGGCUUCUACACCAUCCACUCCUGCUUUGGAGGCCAUAACGAGGACUUCAUUGCCAGUGGGAGUGAAGACCAUAAAGUGUACAUCUGGCACAAGCGCAGUGAGCUGCCCAUUGCUGAGCUGACAGGCCACACGCGCACUGUGAACUGUGUGAGCUGGAACCCUAUGUUGCCAGGCCUCAUGGCCAGCGCCUCAGACGACGGCACUGUCAGGGUCUGGGGUCCCGCUCCCUUCAGUGAUUCCCAGGAUGCAGAGGGGCUAAGCGAAUGCUGUAGCAUGGACAGUUGAUAUUGACUCUGAAGCUGAAGGCAAAUCAGUGAUACACACUUUAAACACUGCAAGAAAUUAAGGAUGAAUGAAGUAAAAACAACACACACACACACAAUGUUUUUCUGGAGGUCCCCCCCAUAGCAGUGAAGAGGCUGAGCUAACACAGAAAUGCUGGACAACUUGAAUGAAACUUACCCAUCUGCUGGCCUUUACCCUGCGACCUCAGACCUGCGUGGCAUCCCUGUUUUGGUCGCCAAGGAGGCUUACUGACCUCAAUCUGAUGUCUGUCUCCUGCCCUCCACACUGCAGCCUCACAAACCACACCAAAUCAAAGCAUUAUUUAUUACUUCUAUUAUUUAUUGUUGUGAAUCAGUCCAGGCCUCUGGCUUGAGUUGUAGUGAUGGUGUGUUCUGUUCCUCACAAUAUUAACUCUUUUUAAAAAAAAAAAAAUGAUUAUUUUAAUUAGUUCAGUUGGUAUGAUCUCCAAGGCCCCUCUCUCCAUGUGAUUAGUGUACAGGGGCAGCAGGGGUUUGGAGAUAUUGGAGGGGUCAUAGAAGUUGGCCAUCACACCCUUUUCUGCAUGACCUUUGUGCUUUUCAGCUAUCUGUGUGAAUGUAUGCCUGAAAAAAUGUGUUUUCACCAGCAGAAUGUAACAGUGUCAUUUUUCUUCCUCGUUUAGAACUAUGGAAGCAAUUGACUGAAUUUAGCGUCAGUUUUUAAAAGUGGGAUUGGACUUGUUUUAGUUUAUGAGGAAAAUCCUAAAAUGAUCCCAAGUUCCUUUUUUUCCUCCAUCAGAUUGUGGUACUUUGUUUUCUAAAGUCGCCAUCAUGUGUGUAUGACUGGAAAGCAUGCAAGAAGAGAAACAGCGGAACAGGGAGGGCAUGAGUUAUGUUUGACUUCACAGCAUCAUUUGCUAUCAGUGAGGCUAAAACGGAGUGUAAUGCUCCAGAAUUG